AUGAAAAAUAGGACGUUUACUGAGUUCAUUCUGUUGGGCUUCACAAAUCAACCUGAGGUCCAAAUUGUGAUAUUCAUCUUUCUGCUCCUCACCUACAUGUUAAGUGUCCUAGGAAAUCUGACUAUCAUCAUUCUCACUCGGGUACACCCUCACCUCCAGACCCCCAUGUAUUUCUUCCUCCGGAAUUUCUCCUUCUUAGAAAUUUCCUUCACAUCCAUUUUUAUUCCCAGAUUUCUGACCAGUGUGACAACAGGAAAUAAAGUCAUCAGUUUUGCUGGAUGCUUGAUUCAAUAUUUUUUUGCUAUAUUCCUUGGGGCAACAGAGUUUUACCUCUUGGCUUCUAUGUCCUAUGACCGCUAUGUUGCCAUCUGCAAACCCCUGCAUUACCUGACCAUCAUGAGCAACAGAGUCUGCAUACAACUCGUGUUCUGCUCCUGGCUAGGAGGAUUCCUAGCUAUCUUACCCCCAAUCGUCAUCUCCCUCUCUUAUGGCAGCUGCAUGUUUAUGUACAUCAAUCCAUCAGCAAAAGAAGAAGGCGCUUUCAACAAAGGAAUAGCUGUGCUCAUUACCUCAAUUACUCCCUUAUUAAACCCCUUCAUUUACACUCUAAGAAAUCAGCAAGUGAAGCAAGCAUUCAAAGACACCAUCAAGAAGAUUAUGAAGCUUUAA